AUGAUGUGCGAGGAGUCUGGUGAGUUGGUCGACUUAAGCAUGGCAUCGGACGAGUCGGAGACGGAGAACACCACUGAGCUGUCGGGGGAGACGGAGCUCUCGUUCCAUCCGAGAAGUCUUUGGAAGCUUAAGCUCGACCCGUCACUGUACAGAUGCUUGACAUGUCUUGGCGCCCUGUUCAUCAUCGUGCUGAGUAGUUUGGGAGCCAUCCUCCUUGGCGCCAGGGGUGAUGUGGGUGAAAUAUCAUAUUAUUUCAGAUAUUAUGCAGACAUGGAAUUUUGCAUCCUGAUGGCUUGUACAGCCGUAGCGGCUUGUGGAGCUAUGUGGGUAUGGUGCCAUGCCUCAACGCCACACCUCCUUCAGGCUUCAGGCUUUCUGGUUCUCAACUGGAUCGAGGGGUUAGCCUUCAUCAGCUGGAUCCUUGCUCUUUAUAAUCAUGUAAACACCACGACAAGCAUCCUUGUGGCUUGUCUCAGACUUUUCUUGCUGAUCUGUGAAAUCGUGAGUCUUCAGAUCUUGAUCCAGAACCGUCUCCAAAGCAUUUGGCCGGCACUCAACCAACCUCGAUGUGGAGUGUGGCUGAACAGGAUUGUUUGGGCAGAACUUGCUUUGCUCACACUGGGCACUCUCAGCUUGAUUCCUGCUCUACGCGCGAUGCAACGUGGCGAAUCGGGCAUUCUCAUGUACAUUGCCCUUGCCGCAUUCGUGCUUUUCAUCCCAUGUUGCUUUGUCAUUUGGAUGCUUAUUGUUUUUGCCACCUUGUGCCGUGUUUUGACCAUCUUUCAUGCUGCGCAGCAGAUGGCGCAGGGUCUUUCUCUGGAGUCCGGCAAGGCGUUGCGCCGCAGCCGCAGAGCGGCAUUGCUGCAAGGUCUUGGCUUGGUGAUUAGCUUAGCCAGCACCUGCACUUUGGUGACUGUUUCCAUUGUGCCACCACACAAACAGACCACCGCACGAAGGAGCCGACCGAGCGUGCGCGUGCCGCAACGAGCUUGGUUCUUCCGACACUCGACCAACGCAAACAUCUCACAUAUGGGACUGGCGCAAAGUGUGAACUUGGUCACCAACACACUUGGUGUGAUUCUGCUGUCGGGGGCCCAUCGCUUCUGGGGGCGUGUUGUUGAAAACAACGCGUCCACAGGCGGCUGUUCCUGCUUCACCUCGGUGAAGCGGGUGAGACGGGUGAGGCCGACCAGAGAGAUCGUCGGAAGCGAAUGGGAAGCAAAGACUCAGGAACUGGCUGGUCGCGGUAUAUCUGUGCAGGAACUGCUGUUAUUUUAUCGCAGAUUGGGGAAGGACAUCAUGUUGUCUUAUAGACCAAAUGCGCACACUACCAAUGAUGUUGUGCGACAGGCGAUUAUCCCAAUGACUGCAGCAAACGGGAGCUCCUAUGCACAGCUAGUCAAUAGAGGUGAACCUAAGAUGCCCCAAAAGAUGGUGACCCACAACUGGUCCAACCUUUUCCGAGACUUGCUGGCGAGUGUCAUUGCUGAUGCCCUUGAAGAGCACACCUUUGAACUCGUUUCUGCUUUGCUGGCCGAUGAGGUGGGCAUCAAUGCUUUGGAGCAAAUGAUCCAGGUGCAAGGAAACUUGGAGGGCGUCUAUUGGAUUUGUGCCUUUGCAGUGAACCAACACUCCGGGAUAUGUGGAGCCAACCCACGUGCAGAUGUUGAUCCUGUCACAAUGCUACCACAUCCAGUGUGUUCAUGUGGGACUUCUAAAUUCUUCAACAGCACGCCACCUUUGAACCAGCAUGGGGAGAGCAUUCAUUGUGAAAUGAACAAGUUCGACGACAUGAUGUCCUUUCUAGCGUGCAGAGAUGCCUCUUUUGCAGAGGUGGUUGCUGUCGAUGCAUCAUUCGAACUCUUCAGCCGAGCCUGGUGUAUGGCUGAGCUGUUCGAAGCUCAUCGACUGGGUAUGACUCAGAUCCUGCUGGUGAGGAAUAAAGACACGCUGCUCAGAAGACAGCACACGCUAGAAGGCCUUAGAGUGCAAGAUAUGAAAGCAAGCCGCCCGCAAGAUGUCGAUGCCAUUCUGGCGAAGAUCCCGAACAAGGAUGCUUUCAACCAGAGACUUCGGUCUUUGAUCUGUGACAGGAAUGUUGGCCUUGUUACUGCUUGGAAGCAUGCUGAUUCUUUGCAGCGAAUAGAGCAGCUAUCUCAUGUAUUGAAGUGGGCUCGUUUGUCAACCAGUGUAGAAGAUGGACUGCAAGUUUGGCAGAAUUGGGUCUAG